CCAGUCCAGGAAUUGCCUCUGGAGAGUACCCAAGGACCCCCAACAUGAAAAUCAUUUUCUUAUCCGCGUUGAUAGGAUGUUUCGCGUUGACGAAUGCGGCACCCUCUCAAUCAAAAAUAACAUGGUGCGCAAAAUCUGACCAAGAGUUGAAAAAAUGCAACGCCAUCGCUGCCAAGAUUAAAGAAAAAUCACCAGACACGCAGUUCAGUUGCGUUAAACAUGAAGGAUCAGAUGCUUGCAUCAAAGCUAUUAAGUCUGGUGUGGCAGAUGCCAUCACUCUUGAUGGAGGCGAUAUCUAUAGUGCUGGACUGGAAAACUAUAAACUUCACCCUAUCAUUGCGGAGGAUUAUGGCAAAGACACAGACACAUGCUACUAUGCUGUUGCUGUGGCGAAGAAAGGCACAGGCUUUGGGUUCAAAGACCUUCGUGGGAAGAAGUCUUGCCACACAGGUUUGGGGAAGUCUGCAGGCUGGAACAUCCCUAUUGGUACACUGAUCUCACAGGGGCAAAUUAGCUGGGAAGGCAUUGAGGACAAACCUGUGGAGCAGGCUGUCAUGGAGUUUUUCUCUGCCAGCUGUGCUCCCGGGGCAACAAAAGGUACCAAACUGUGCCAGCUUUGCAAGGGAGACUGCACUCGUUCUCAUAAAGAGCCUUACUAUGACUACCAUGGGGCCUUCCAGUGCCUAAAGGAUGGAGCUGGAGACGUUGCCUUUGUGAAACACUUGACAGUGCCUGACGCGGAGAAGGCUGACUAUGAGCUGCUGUGCAAGGAUGGGAGCAGAAAAAGCAUCGACGAGUACGAGAAGUGUCACCUGGCCAGGGUGCCCGCCCACGCCGUCGUCAGCCGCAAGGACCCUGCACUGGCCCAACGCAUCUACGAAGCUCUGCUGCUCAUCCCGCCCUCCGAGCUCUUCUCCUCUGAAGGUUAUGGGGGCAAAAAUCUGAUGUUCAAAGACUCCACAGUCAAACUGACCAGGGUGCCUGAGACCACAGACUCAUUCCUCUACCUUGGAGCAGAGUACAUGAGCACCAUCCGCUCUCUUCAGAAAGAGUUGAUCUCGAGCGGCAGUUCUGAUGCCAUUAAGUGGUGUGCUGUGGGCAAUACCGAAACCAAAAAAUGUGACAAGUGGAGCAUCAGCUUCGUAGAAGGAGGCAGCAGCAAGAUUGAGUGCGAGACUGCACCAUCUGUGCAAAAGUGCAUCGAAAAGAUCAUGCGCAAAGAGGCUGAUGCCAUGGCAGUUGAUGGAGGGGAAGUGUAUUCUGCUGGAAAAUGUGGAUUAGUGCCUGUCAUGGUGGAGCAGUAUGAUGAAGAGAAGUGCAAAUCUCCUGAUGGCAGUGCCUCCUCCUACUAUGCUGUAGCGGUGGUGCGCAAAGGCUCAGGGGUGACCUGGGAAACACUGAAGGGAAAGAAGUCUUGCCACACAGGCCUGGGCCGCACUGCUGGAUGGAACGUCCCCAUGGGCCUCCUCCACAAAGGCACUGGGGAAUGCGACUUCUCUAAAUUCUUCAGUAAGAGCUGUGCCCCAGGUGCUGCGGCUGACUCUAAUCUCUGUGCUCUGUGUGUGGGUGAUGAGAAAAAACUGACUACAUCCAAGUGCGCGGCCAGCGCUGAGGAGAAGUACUAUGGCUAUGCUGGAGCCUUCAGGUGUCUGGUAGAGGGAGGUGGUGAUGUAGCUUUUGUCAAACACACCAUCGUGCCGGAGAACUCCGAUGGUAAUGGCCCCGCUUGGGCUAAAGAUCUGAAGUCAGACGACUUUGAGCUGAUUUGUCCGGGUAAAACUGCUAGCAUCUCUGACUAUAAAUCCUGCCACUUGGCCCUCGUACCUGCCCAUGCUGUAGUGACUCGCCCUGAAACACGAGCAUUUGUGGUUAGAAUCCUCAGAGAGCAGCAGACAAAGUUUGGCAUUUCCUCUGGCAAUGAUGACUUCAAAAUGUUCAGUUCAGAGGAUGGGAAAAACCUCCUGUUCAAGGACUCCACAAAGUGUCUCCAGGAGAUUACGGCCUCCUCCUUUCAACAAUUCCUUGGAAAAGAAUAUAUGGAUGCCAUGACCUCGCUUCGCCAGUGUCCUGAAAGUCAGUCAGAACUGGAACAGGCUUGCACUUUCCAUACCUGCCAGCAGAAGUCUUAAAUUUAGUGAUAUGUAAAAAUUAGAUGUGGCACACUCUCUGUAUGCUUCACCAACUCUUCUGGCAACUGCUGACAUCCACUGAUAGCAAGCAAAUCCUGGGACGCAUGCCAACACUACUUCACUAAAGAGAUUCUGGACAAAAAUGAUCUAAAUAGCAUAACAUAGAACCUGUGUAUUUUGGUCACUGAGCACAGUAGUCAUGUUAAUUUUUGCCUACAUUUUCAAAUUAGGGGCUGUUUUCAACCUGAUGAAUGUGUGUUCACCUCUCAUAUGUAUUUGAUCUAGACACACUCUUGAAUGAACACACAUAUAAACACACCUGUGGGAGAUGGUGUCUGACUUUCCCUCUUACCUGUUCAUGAUUUUUCUACUGCAUUUAACAUCUUUCGAAACAUGGGCCUAGGUGUUGUGAACACUUUCAUUUUCCAUUCAUUUUACGAGACUGUUUAAAACAAACAUAAAAGUGAAUUUUAAUAAAAGUCUUUUCUAUUGCAAGACACA